AUGAAGGCCGACUUCGCUGCGCAACUCACCUUCGGCAAUGUUGCCACUUUGAAGUCCUUCGGCGAUUGGCCAGUUUAUAUCCCGCGCAAAACUAGCUCUGUUAUCAAGUUUCCGGAGACGUUUUCGCCAACGACGAGCGAAGGAGGCUACGAACGAACGCUGUCCUCUCGCGAUUCCAUGAAGGCAACGUGGGACAAGCAGGAACGUUAUGAGAAUGACUCUUGCCCAGACAUCUCCAGCGUCCUCGAUAACCCCCCCUCAUUUUCCGUUGGUCUCUCCACCACCAAUCAGAAUAUGCCCUCGGUUCUCAGCAGAGACAGGUCUGUGGAGCAUGUCGAGAAGAAUCAGUCCGCACGCUCUACGCCUUCCCCUGCGGCUGACUCCAGUAUCGUCGCUACGCCAUCGCAUCCACUCAUCUACAUCAAUGCUGUUUCGUCCUCCCUGCUCUGUUUCGGUCAGCCCAAGGCCUCGCAUCCCAACACACGUACCCGUUUCCCUGUCUCUCCAGAUAUCGACUACCUUCGGGCUCCCCCUGUGAAUUGGGCACCGCACGCCGUUCAAGAGCUCGAGCCCGCCACAGAGGAGGCUUCAGAUAUCUCGAACGUCUCGCGCAAGGCGUUCAUCCUCAGCGCACCCCCGCGCGGCAGCGGCAUAGGCAUAGGCAGGGCUAUAGACCUAGGCAAGGGUGUAGGCCCAGUCAGCAGGGGUGUGGAGGCAGCCGCUAUGAUUCGCUCGACGUUGGCGCCUACGGGACUUGGAGCGAAUUCUCUGCGUGUCGUCCCCGACCGCGAGGAGUCACGAUACCCCACCAUGUCCUCUCCGAAGACACUCAAGUACGAAAUGCUCCCUGUUCCCCCUCCGGUCGUCACACGGCGUCGACCUGUAGGCAUCAUUUAUGGCGGUUCUGGUUCUCGAUCUCUCUGA